GGUUUGAGUUGGAAGGGACCGUAAAAUCUUCUAGUUCCAACCCCCCUGCCGUGGGCAGAGACACGUUUCACUAAACAAGGUUACCCCAUCCCACCUGGCCUUGAAGGGAUGGGGUAUCCAUAACUUCUCUGGGCAGCCUGUUCCAGUGCCUCAGCACACUCACAGUAAAGAAUUUCUUCCAUGCUCUAACUAAUCCUUCUGUAUUCUAACUAACCUAGUUUUCCACUCUUUCAGUUUGAACCCAAGGCGUCUUGAACUUGCCCAGUGUGUGCAAAAAAAGUAUUCAACAUUAAGUAACAUGUCUUCCACCAAACCUUCAGCUGAAAAUGAAACACCCAAAGAGAGAAAACCGGGACUGAGGAGUGUCCAGACAACUAUGCUCUUCCGAGCUGUGAACCCAGAGCUUUUCAUUAAACCUAACAAACCUGUGAUGGCAUUUGGACUGAUAGCAAUUAGCCUCUGUGUGGCCUACCUUGGUUAUUUGCACGCAACCGCAGAGAAUAAAAGAGACCUCUAUGAAGCAAUCGACAGUGAGGGGUCCAGGUAUAUGAGAAGGAAAACUUCCAAGUGGGACUGAGAAUAUGAGAAAGGAAACCAGCAAAUGAGUCACAGAACUUUUCAAGGCUGUGUUUUUUUCUCUUUCCAUCGCAUGAUGGGUAAAUGUCUCUUGCUAUCUAAUCCAAUUCAAGUUCCUUUAUAAAAUGCCGUGCCUGUACAAAUAAAUUAUAGUAAAGAUACAUGCAAACGUAAAAGUGAUUUUAAGAA